AUGACGAAGGAAACUUUAACCUCGGACAAGGUGAAUUAUAUUAUUUGGAAAUAUUUAAUAGAAUCAGGUUACGAAGGAGCGGCUCGUCACCUCUCAAAAGAGUGGGACGUUCAACAACCAGAUUUAUUACCAUUUGCGCCCCAUGUCGGAAAGCAUGCACUAGUCUCCGUUCUAAACAAAGGUCUUCUUUAUGAUGCAUAUAACAGAGAAGCAUCAAGGGCAUUCCGUCAACAUCAAGGACGCUCUCAAGAUGUUUCAGAUUCGGAAAUACCAAUGGGUGUUUUUGGUCCCUUGGAAAUAGCAAACAGAACUAUUCCCAUCAUCACUUCGCCUCAAGAGCCCCUCAACAACAAUGAGGAUUUGGAAGUUGCUCGGAAACAUCAACUAGAAGAAGAGUCAAUUUCAAAUUCAAAUGGCCCACCAGGAAAGAAACCACGACUUACCAAUGGUUAUGAAAAUGGUAUUUCGAAUGGAACCACAAAUGGAAAUGGAAGCUCAAAUUACUACGAUUCGGCUUCAACGCCCAUGGAAAUUGAUGUCGACCAAAAUGGUGAUGGUCACGCUUAUCCAUCACCAGAGCAACUGCCAUCACCAGUCACUGCCACCAUUGGACCAGAAAGGGGUACUCAGUCCGAGAAAGUUACAAAUCUUAAAACCGAAACGUUGUACCUAGACUUGUUGGAUGACAAUGUAUCAAAAUCGACCGUAUUAUAUCGUUGCGAAUGGAAUCCAAAACUACCAAACCUCUUGGCUGCGGGGGGUACUGAAUCAUUAGCUCGAAUGUGGGAUCUAUCAAGUACGGUCGCCGAUCAUCUCAAUGGAACUAAUGACCCUAAUGCUCCAGGCAUGAAUACGAAUGGGAUUGUUCCACCGUGUAUUCCUCUUCUCCAACCUCUUGCGCCUCAACCGACAAUGGUCAAUGAAGUUACCUGGUCUUCGGAUGGAAACCAUAUUCUUGUUUCGAGCGAGGAACCUGAUGGAACCGCAACUGUUACUGUUUGGACUGCUAAGGGUCAACUAUUGCACACCUCUAGUCCAAUGGAAGGCCCAAUCGUUUCUUUGAAGUGGAACUUCUCGAAUACAUUAUUUUUGACAGUGUCUCCAAUCACACUUAAAGGGCUUUCUGCACCAGCAUCAACCUUGACGGUCACCUCGAUGGCUGACUUUACAACAAUACAACAUACGAUACCAUCGAUGCCAAUUUUCGAAUCGCCGCUGGAAGGCCUAUGGAUGAGUGAUGAGGAUUUCAUGGCUUACGGAAAUGAAUUUUUACAGAUCUUUCGAUUCGCGGAUGGAAAGAUCAAAUAUCUGACGAAAUAUGAGCAUCGUGACGACCAUCGUGUAACGCAUGCUACUUUCGACAGGGAAUCAAAGUUACUUGCUACUGGUAGUCAAAGUGGUAUGAUUGAUAUAUGGGAUGAGAAAGGUCGUUCGCGAACAUUCAACGCCCAUACCGGACCAAUUACUUCUCUUGAAUGGCAACCAUUACCUCCGUCUGAUUCAGAGAAUGAAAUCAGUGAAAGCAAUGAAAGGUUGUUGGCUUCAUCUAGUGAAGAUGGCGCUGUCAGCAUUUGGAAUGCCAAAUCUCUGGAGCCAAAGCAAAAAUGUUCGAUGACAAUUGACUCGACAAGUGUUUUCAAGGUUAAAUUCACUCCAGAUGGCGCAUUCAUUGCUGGUGCGACUAGUGAUCGAGUUUUUAUUUGGAAAGUCGACGAUGCUUACUUUCCUCGAGCAACUUGGAAUAGACCACCUGGAAAUGGCUGGCAAACACCACAAUCGACUGAGUCAAAUGGGGAAGAUGAGCAUGCUUUGAGUUGGGAUGCACAUGGUAAAAAACUGGCUUAUGGUUGCAAUAGUGUGUUGGCAAUCAUCAAUUUUAAACGUUGA